UUCUUGAUCUUGAUUGGACAAUUGUCGUAAUAGGUAAUUUCACUAUUUUUAAGGCCCUGAUAGUUACUUCCACUAUUUAUGAGAGGAAACCUUUAUAAAGCGUUCUACCGAGAGCUAACGUUCCAACAAAUUCCUGCAUACUCUCUCUCUCUCUCUCUCUCUCUCUCUCUCUCUCUCUCUCUCUCUCUCUCUCUCUCUCUAGUAGAGCCAUGGCUGAUACUGCAUGCUUCAAUGUGAAGCUCUCUGAUUCUCACUCUACUGUUACGGAAGCAGAUACUCAAUCUCUGGAGAAAGUUUUCACUCUCAAACAAGGCGAAUUAAUUCACUCCAACUCCCAGAACGACAUCGUUCCAUACCACGAAACCACCCAUUUCGUGUCCUCAAACUGUCUAACUACUGAUUCCAGCUCCGGGUCAUCUGAUUCUGAACAAACCAUUCAAGAAUCUGCUGUGAUUCACGACCUGGGUCUUGUCUCUGAUCUUGGUUGCCUUAAAGAAAGCUCGUUCUCUGAUUCCUUUAAAGACUUCGAAUACGGAAACGACAACAAGUUCUUAAGAAAGAAACCGACAUUGGAGGAAAUUGAAGCCUCGAUUCUCAUGGCAGGCGAUUCUAUAUUGAGUGAUGAAUUGAGAAUUGGUUUCCAAGAUGAGGUUAAAGUUGUCGACAACAAGUUCUUGGGAAACGACAAUGAAUUGGGCAGUCGUUUGAAAAUGAUCAAUGGAGAUCCGAGAUGUUCUUUGGAGAUUCAAGUGGUUGAUGAAACCGCCUUGAUUGGACCAAUGUCAGUCCCCAAACUUGGAAGGAAGACGGAAUCGGUUGCUCCAUCCAAAUCCUCAAAGGGUCUUGUGAACAAGAAUAGAAAGAUAGACUUUCUUGAGAAAAAGGUGGCAAGAGGCUCUCCAAGCAGGACUAAAGGAAGGAAAAAUGUCGUUGUGAAGAAAGGAGAAAGAAGCAAGAGCAUGUAUUCAAGGGCAGAAAUGGAAGCCCUAAGGUUUGUGAACAUUGUUGAACAGAGGAAGAUGUGGAAAGAUGUGCAUACCGGGCUUGGUCCUAUUGUACGGAAAGAGUAUGAUUACUUGGUCAGCUCUAAGAAUCAGAAGAAUUUUCAAUUCAACUUUGGAAACAAUGAUGAACCCACUUCAGUUCUAGGUGCAGUUGGUGGAAGGGGAAGAAGUAAUUACAUGAAUGUGUUUGUACAUUGAUAAUUCACAUAGUUGACAUAUGUAGAUACUUUCUAGUACUUGGGAUGUCACUAUUCUGUUAUUCAUUUUUUCUGUACGGACAUUUCUUCUUGUAAACAAGGUAAUGUGUAACGUUUUAUCUUGGUCGGAAACUAGUGGUGCCAUGAACCUUUUUUUUUCAUUAAGAAAAGUAAAUGACAUGUUACAUUUUUUUUUCUUAAUUGAAAAAUCUUAAAUGUUGGGUUGGGAAGUGUGUACCAAUACUUGAAUGAUUUACACUAGAAUCCACAAUGUCAGAAUGGAGAUUAUUAUUCCAAUGGGGCAAAAAACACAGAAUGUUUUUGGUAGUAAUUUUUUUAUGUCAAUGUUCAUAAUAUACAUAUGACA